GACGAGAGCUGUAUACUCCUAUCUUGUUUGGUCAGUGUUGUGAGAGAGAGAAAAAGCUCGCGAGAGACAGACACCAUGCCAAGCUCAUUCAUGGUCAAGCGCAACUACGCGCACUGUCCGCUGAAGAAGCGCCCCUUGGCGCUAUACAACGAACCAGCGACGACGCCCCCCGAGCAGGAGCAGCCCGAGGAUCUUAGUGUAAAACGCCCACGACUCGAGCCUCCUGCAGAAGUGCCAUCGCCUUUACCACAUUACCAUCAUCACCCUCUUCCAUCAGCAUCACCUGUUGUGCCCAGUGCCAUGGCACCUGCAGUUGGCAGCUAUCCCAAUACUACGGUCAUCCACGCUCCUCAGCCCUUCGUGCCCUCCCUACCGCCCGUGCCCACCUCCAACUCGGUGCCAACAGUUCUUCACACGGCGCCCCAUGCGGCCCCACCCUCCCCCCCGGCAGCCCGCGUCGCCGAGAACCUCCCCUCCUUAGCGGAAUAUUACCUCCAGCUCUUCAAAUCCACCAGUGACUCCGAACCCAAGAGACCCGAGCCCCGUCAGGCCCUCCCGCAGUGGACGACGCCCUACCUUCCUCCUUCGCCUCAGGCGUCACCUGUCAACCCAGAACACGUCCCUGCGCCCCAGAGUCCCGUCGUGCCCUUCCACUGCUACCCCGACUCCUCGGCGCUCAUCUCCCCCGUGUCUACCUGUUCGUCCACUGCCUCCGAGUCCGAGGAGGACGUCAGCGCCCCGAGAAACAGGAGAGAGGCCAGGUACUCCUGUAGUGACUGCGGUAAGUCCUACUCCACCUACUCCGGCCUCAGCAAACAUAAACAGUUCCACUGCGCUGCCCUAGGGGCGAAGUCCUUCGCCUGCAAGCACUGCGACAAAGUCUACACCUCCCUAGGGGCGCUGAAGAUGCACAUCCGCACCCACACGCUGCCCUGCAAGUGCCCCUUGUGCGGGAAGGCCUUCUCGCGCCCCUGGUUGCUCCAGGGGCACAUCAGGACCCACACGGGAGAGAAGCCCUUCCAGUGCCCCCAGUGCGACAGAUGCUUCGCCGACAGGAGCAACCUUCGCGCCCACCUGCAGACGCACGCAGACAUCAAGAAAUACGCCUGCGGCACCUGUCACAAGACCUUCUCCAGAAUGUCGCUGCUCAACAAGCACACGGAAGCCGCCUGCCCAGCCAGACCCCAGCAGCCAGAGAUCUUGCAGCAGAACGACCCCUCCAUGAAGGCGGAAGCGAUGGUGCCUUCUUCGUCAGGAGCGCAGUAGACUGAAGGAGAGACUCUCUCUCUCUCUCUCUCUCCUCCCCCGACGAGAUUCUCAGUGUUAGUACCUACCUGAAGAGUAGGAACUAGUCCCCCUACAGCUAGUCAGCCUUGCUCACCGCCUCUUUUUGUGUGUUCCUAUUAUGGUCACUAGUCUAGUUUGAUAAGCCAUAAAGAAUUUGUCCUUAUACAUGUCUGUGGGACGAACAUGCCAAAGAUCUCUCCUUUUGUAUUUUCUUAUAUAUAGAAAUACUUUUUUAUAUUGUAAUAAAAAGAUAUUUGAGUAUA